AUGAUUGAGUCAGUCAAAAUAAGAAGACAGUCCAUGCUGGAUUUCUACUCACAUUAUGAACAUCUUUGUGCUCUUCAAGGCUCUCUGCCACUGAAAGCUGUGAAGGCUAACCUGACUCAGGGUGCUCUUGAUCUAAUUGUAGAUCGCAUGAAAGCUGCUGAUUGGGCACCACUUCUGAGUGCUAUCAGGCAUAACAAGACUCUGACUUCUAUUGGAAUAAGAAGUUUUCAUCAGCAGGGUCUCGGAGAAUCAGGUGUUGAAAGAUAUAAAACUUACAUUAGAAGGAGAACUCCAGCAAUUCGAUCAAAAGACUUGACUGGCCAACUAUGCAGAGCUGUCAAAGGCUGUCUCAGUAUAUCAGAUGUACUAAAAAAUUUAGAACUGCAGGGUUUGCUUCUGAGGGAGAGAGAUCUAAUACUUUUAACAAAGGGCUUGGCCACAGCUUUAUCUCUGGAGAGUGUCUCUUUAGCCCACUGUCCAAUUGGAGAUGGAGGAUUGGAAACAAUCUGUCAGAGUGUAAGGAAUUCAGCUACUAUCAGAUCUGUCAACUUCUCAGGAUGUAGUCUUACAUGGCGAGGGGCAGAACAUAUAGCAAAUCUAUUAAAGUACCAGGCAAUGAAAAGACAUGGUGAAGCUUGGGCUGAAAGCCUGCGUUACAGGAGACCUGAUCUUGAUGAUAUGACUGGCUUGAGGCGGAUUACUUUGAACGGCAACAUGCUUGUUGGAGAUAGGGGAACAAGUGCCUUUGCAGAGUGUCUAGGAGAGGACCUUUGGCUAAAAGCACUUGAUUUGCAGCAGUGUGGGAUAUCCAAUGAAGGAGCAAAGUCCUUAUUAGAUGCUCUUCAAACGAAUACAACAUUAGUUGUACUCGACAUAAGAAAAAAUCCAUUAAUUGAUCACAUUAUGAGGAAACAUAUUAUUGAAAGAGUUCUUAUGAAUGGAAAGAGUUUAAAUUUCCAGUAUAAGUGGCUGGCAUCUUCACCUUCCAAGGAUGCUUUCAAAACUAGAGCAAAGAAAAGAACUAUUGUCCUGGGAAGUGGUCGAAAAGGAAAAGCUACUAUUCGUAUUGGAUUAAUACCUAAAAAGUCUGUGAGUCCAGGGAAGAAAAAUAUGUCUGUGGAAGAUAGCUACUCCCCAGAGCCACUACCUCCAGGCACUAAAGGCUUCCUUCCUUGGCGGACUGCAGAACGUGCAAAAAGAUGCAGAGGAGGUCCAGUGGAUAGCACUAAAGAACGACCAGUGAAGAUUCAGACAGGUAUUCCUGUGAAAGUGACAGUAGAAAGUGCUUCUACAUCUGAAACUGAAGAUUUAGAUGAUGUUUUCCAACAUCCUGAUGUAGCAAAAUCAUUAGAUAUGAUUAACGUAACAAAGUAUGAGCAAUUACAGUUGGACCUGGAAGAAUGCAUGGGAAAAUUAAAGGAAGAACGAAGAGCCAGAUUAAAAGCUGAGGAACGGAUAAUAGAGCUGGAAGUAGAAAAUGCAAAAUUAAGGAAUCAAAAUAUCUCCCUAUCUGAAGUUCUUCAUGCACAGUCAGUAACCAACAUGAUUUUGGAAGAUGAAGGUGUUCUAGGCAGCAUUGAGAACUCUUUCCAAAAGUUUCAUGCUUUUUUAGACCUCCUUAAAGAUGCUGGACUUGGACAACUUGCUGUGUUAGCUGGAAUAGAGCAGUCAGAUGUUUGUCUUUUGGGGCAUCCACAAAUGAAUUCUACACUCAAUAAGCCUAGUAAUGUGCUAAAGGAAAAGUCUUUUGAAGAAGAAAGAGAAGAACAUGCUCAAAAUAGCAAAAACAGAGCUGGGGGCAUGCAAGUUGCUCUUACUGGAAUGUUUCAGUCCCAGAUGGUUGUGAAUAACAUGUUCUGCACCCUUAGAGAAACUCAAGGAUUUCAGACUACGGGGCAACAGAACCUGCCAGGCUCACAGAAGGAAAACGAAGCUCAAACAAUUAACCAAAAUAAAGAUGAUAAGCCUCAAAAUAGUACUCCAACAUUCUCUGAGAGAAGAGUCAAACAAAAUGAACAUGGAAAAGGAAAUCACUGAGGAAGGCAGUUGGUUAGCAGUUUGCACUCAUCUUCUGAUUCCAUUGUUUAUGUUAAAAGUAACGGUAGCAGAAUAUUCAAUGGUGCUCCUAGUGAAAAAAACAAAACACGUUCCUCAGAGAAAUACAUCCCUGGAGCAAAUGAAACAGCAAUUACAUAUGAUGGAGUAAGAGGAGACCAAAGUAGACUGCAGGCAGCAAGCUGCUCUGGAACUGGUACUGUAGGAUCUGGGUCUGAAAUACAAGAAGGACUCCAAAGUGUUGACAGCAUUGGAAAAGGUUUUAAAAUGUUUUAA